AUUUAUUAAUAAUCGAAUGGGAAAUUGCUGUUCAAAAAGACAAGAACAUACCGAAACAGGUAAUUGAAGGUUGCCAUUCGACUUAGUCACCUUUGCUUCAAGUCGCUACUUCCAAGAGAACAAUUCUUCAUGUAAUAAUAAUCACAUAGUCGAGAAAAGCAGAAGUGCAGCUGAAGUAAGCAGAUCAUAUUGGGAGUUCUCAAAUGUUUCCUCCAAGUCUCGACUCACAGAUCCCAACUUUGGUGAGGUGUUGUCAGCUCCAGCAAUAGAUAACGAAAGAGCAGCUAUAUCUCUAGCAAGCUCCUCUUUCGCAAAGAAACAUCCCUUAAAAUCAAGUAGAGAAAGGAAACAUUGCAAAAAUAAGUUAGGCUUUUUAGUAAAUAACAAGCAAAAAUUCGAGGAAGACAAGAAGUCAAAAACUUGUAAUUAUUCAGGAAGUAAUUACAAAAUAGAUAAGCCUUCCAAAAGUUCAAGCAAGUUGAAAAUUCAGAACAAUGUAUCGACUCCAACCGAAUCCGAGCAGCAUCAAAGCAGCAUGAGAAGCAGCUCUACUAAGAACAACAAAAUCCUAGAGUCAAAAGAAGAAAUCAUGGAUAAAAGGAUUAAUUCUCUCGCGCAUCGCCUUGACAAUGUUAUUGAGGCUUUGAAAGGGGCAAAUAUAUUAUGUGAAGAAUGGCAAGAUCCUGCUCCCUCAGCUGAUGAAGACAGAAAUCAAAGCGCAUAAAUUUGAUCGUGAAACUUAGUGAUCAUUGCAAGGAAGUAU